AUGGAUCUCGUCACAAGCGUAUGCAGCCUCAUCGACGCCAUCCUCGAGUUCAUCAACAACCACGACGGUGUCAAAUGUCCCACAAUUUUGCAAAUUGCGAGCCUCCUCACCCAGAUCGAAAAGCUCGUUGUCCCCCUCCUCGUCCGGAAGCACCUAAAUUUGCCUCUACGUCAGUACCUGGAGGACCUGGAGGGCUGUUUGAUGGCGACGCGCGGGGAUCUUCGUGCAUGGCACCAAGGGCGGUCGAAUAAACUGCACACCUUCCUCACCCCACGGUCAGCCCCCCGCGAGCUGAAGGACGACAGAGAGUUCUUGAUCCGGAAACACGCCACGCUCUCCACAGCAGUGCAAAUCUCCAGUCAUGUCAAGGGAUACAACAUCGUCUGCCCGACCUCCAGCAUCCGGCUCAUCAUCGAGAACAAGUCGGUUCAGAGCCUGAAGAUGAAGAUGAAAGGCUCCGAUGCCGACCAAACGUCGCUUUUCGAAGCGAGUCAGUUCUGGAAGUGUUACAUUGGCGAUGAAACAGAGUUCGCGGAUAGCGAAGACUUCUGUGAAGUUCUGUCACUUUGGCUUGACGAACCGUUGAGCGAUCUCGCCUGUAGACGGCUUCUGCUGAGACUCGACGAGCACAGCACAGGAUAUAUAUCAUUUUCAACGUUCCAAGAAUUCAUCCGCAAUGGCAAUUUACGGGAAACUGUUCAUCUGUUCACAGCAGACCCUCAUCUUCCUUUACUUGUCUGGAUAGAUGACGACAUAACGGGGAAUAUCCAUAAACUCCUGGAUGUGUCGGCGGAACAUACCACCGUUGUGCAACUGGUGUCGACUGCUGCGGCAAAAGCUUGGGUAAACGUCAACCACGAUUUCCUCAAGAAGUAUGACGACCCCGCGCACAUUCGGUUUACAUCAAACCAAAUACUCGAAGAGCGCAACGACUACCACGUCAAAGUCACCAACGAUCAGGCUGGUCUGCAGAUUACUAGCCAUAUCCGCGAUAUCGGCAUUAAGGCCCCAAUCCUGAUCUACACCACCAAAGCAAACAUCGGGUUGACAAGAUAUGUGGAAGAUUACGAUAUGGUGGGCUCACUAGGGGGGAAUAGCCUGAUUUUCCAUGCUUUUGUCGCAGCGCUUGCUGGUGGUAGAAAGGACGACUCGCGGUGGAUAAGAUACAACGCCUGA